AUGGCUACCCCAAGUGUCCUUACCUUUGAUGCUGAGGGCCGUGCCGUUGACUUUGAGGUCUGGGUCGAUGACCUCCAGCUGUAUCUCCAGUGCCAUAGGGUAGACGGACUCUCUCUGUUCGAUCUCACCUCUGGUGUCUCUCCUGCCCCGCCUGCUACUGCUGACAGCACUAUUCGCUCACAGUGGACCACACGCGAUGCUGCUGCUCGCCUUGCUGUGCGUCGCCACUUACCGACCGCUGAGCGUGCACACUUUAGCCAGUACAAGAGUGCUAAGACCUUGUACGACGCUGUAGUUGCACGCUACUCCUCCCCUGCCUCUGCUGCUCUUAGCCGCCUCAUGCUGCCGUACCUCUUCCCUGACACUGCUGCCUUUCCCACAGUUGCUGACCUCAUCACUCACCUACGCACUAGUGACAUUCGCUACCGCGCUGCGCUUCGUGCUAAGGACCACUUCCUCUUAGUUUGCCCCACCACACUUACCGUCGACCUCCUCGAGGAGCGCCUCCUAGCAGCAAAGAAGAGCAUAGUUGUUGUAGGAGCCUCUCGUGGUGACCCUCGCACCCCUGUCUUUGAGGGGUGUUCCCCCUCCCCCCUCUUGCCCUCUGUUGCUUCUGCUGUUGCGGCCGACCUCGUUGGUUUCGAGUCGGUCGGCGCUACGUCUGCCCCGAGCGGGAGACGCCGCACCGGCAAGGGCAAGGGGGGCAAGGGCGCUGGAGGGGAUGGCGGGGGCGGUGGAGGUGGUGGUGGAGGUAGUGGAGAGGGUGGGGGUGGUGGUGGGAAUGGUGGCGGGGGUGUAGGUGUUGGUGGCAGCAGUGGAGGCGGAGGAGGCGGCGGCGGUGGCGGAGGGAGCGGGGGCGGCGGAGGUGGUGGAGGCGGCGGAGGUGGCGGAGGCAGCGGAGGUGGCGGGGGCGGCGGCGGCAGCAGUGGACCUGGUCGCGGCUCUGCCCUGAGGAGUGGAUCCAGUGGUGGUCCGCGCCAGCAGCAGCAGCACAGUCGUGAGACCCUGUCCCCUCAGCAGCUUUGUGAGUGGUACGCUGCGCGUCAGCGCGGUGGGGGUACUAGUCCUUGCACCUAUGUUCUCCGUACCGGCGACCGCGCUGGGGACUAUUACCUGUGUGUUCCGCCUGACCCGGGCAUUGAGACUGCUGCUUUAGGUACUGGUGAGGCUGCUGCUCUAGGUGCUAGUGCGUCUGCUGCCCCAGGUGCUGGUGAGUCCGCUCUCUCAGGUACUACGUCGGCUCAGGCCUUACACACCUUCACCCUUGACUCGGGUGCUUCCCGCUCCUUCUUUCGAGACCGCACAACGCGUACGCCGCUUAGUCGGCAGGUUGCAGCCUCCCUGGCGGACCCCUCUGGGGGCCCUGUCCUUUCUUGCUUCUUCACUGUCUUACCGUGUCCGGCAGCUCCCUCCGGCACCCUGUCAGGCCGACACUUGGCCACGUUCACCCGUCGGCCGGGGUCGAGCCUGUACACCCUCACUACUGAGUCUCCUCCGGCUGCUGAGUCUGGUCAGGUAGCUGCGUCGAGUCAGGUGUUUGCUGUAGCGUCCAGGUCUAGUCCUGUGCCUGCUCCCUGCUCGUGUCGUCUCUUAUCUCACCAGACUCUCCUUUGGCACCACCGCCUUGGUCACCCCUCUCUACCUCGUCUCCGAGGCAUGGCCUCCCGUGUCCUUGUCUCUGAUCUCCCCCGGUCUCUCCCUCCCCUACCUCCGGGGCCUGCCCCUACCUGCGUCCCCUGCGUCAAGGGGCGACAGCGCGCCGCCCCUCACUCCUCCGAAUUUCCUCCGACAGAGGCUCCGUUGCAAACUCUUCACAUGGACGUGUGGGGCCCUGCCCGCGUCCGUGGCCAGGGGCACGAGCGUUACACCACGGUCUUCCCCUUGCGCAGCAAGGGCGACGUCACUAAGACCUUCACGCUUCCGGCCUCUCCACAGCAAAAUGGCAUUGCUGAGCGCCGCAUUGGCAUGGUCAUGGACGUCGCUCGUACGUCCAUGAUCCAUGCGGCAGCCCCCCAUUUUCAUUGGCCGUUUGCGGUUCAGUACGCGGCGCAUCAGCUCAACCUUCAGCCCCGCGUCUCCUUACGAGAGACCUCCCCCACCCUGCGGUGGACCGGGAAGGUUGGCGAUGCGACUGCCUUUCGGGUCUGGGGAUCUUGGGCGUUUGUCCGCGACUUGUCUGCGGACAAGCUGUCCCCCCAUGCUGUUCCCUGCGUCUUCCUUGGCUUCCCCCCUGACGCGCCUGGUUGGCAGUUUCACCACCCCACCUCGCGCCGUGUUCUGUCCUCCCAAGACGUCACCUUUAACGAGUCGGUGCCUUACUACCGUCUCUUCCCCUACCGCACUGCGCCCCUCCCCCCGCCGCCGCUCUUCCUUGCGCCAGGUCCUCCCCUAGUAGACCCCCUCCCCCCUCAGGGUCCUGCCCCGUCAGGUGUGUCCCAGGUAGACGCAAUCGAGCUUGUCGAGGUAGCUGUUGACUCUGGUGCUGCUAGAGGUGCUGUGCCUGCGGGUGCCGGGUCUGGAGGGGUGCCGAGCCUGGGGGUGCUGAGUCUGGGGGUGCUGAGUCUGGAGGUGCUGAGCCCGGGGGUGCGGAGCCUGGGGGUGCUGGGUCUGCUCGUGUGGCCUCUUGCGGUGCUUCGUCGAGGCGGGAGCCACUCUCUCCGCAGGAGCUGCGCGAGUGGUUUGCCCGGCGCUGGAGCCGUGCUACUGGAGCUGGAGUUUCUACUGUUGCUGCUCGACCUGGAGGUGCUCGUACUGGUAGUACUGGAGCUGCCGGGACUGGGGGUGCUGUUGGAGUUAGUUCUGCUGGUUGUCCUGUUGGAGCUACUGGCGGUCCCGGAGCUGACGGUCCUGCUGGAGUUGGUGCUGCUGGAGCUGGAGCUGCUGGAGCUACUGGAGCUGGAGCUGCGGGGGGUGUUGGCGCUGGUGGUGCUACAGGCGCUGGUGCUUUUGAGGGUGCUGGAGUUGGCGGGAGGUGCUAUUGGUGCUGGUGCUGCCGCUGGGGGUACUGGUUCUGUCCCUGCUGGUUCUGGAGGCGCUUCGCGGCCAAGGCCGUACUUCGUUCCCCUUUUUGCGCAGGUUCUUGGUCUCCCGCCCUCUCCUGGUGCUGCUCCUCCCUUAGAGUGUCCACAGACUGUCCAGUCGCAGUCACAGUUACAGCCUGCCUCCCCCCUGCCUGCUCCCUCUCCCUACACUGGUCCUACUGGAGGUCUUGCUGAGCGUCGUGAGCCUGCUUCUCGUCCUGCGUCGCCUGUUCGUGCUGCUCUCACUAGUCAUCGUGCUCCGCGUCCGCGUCCUCCUGCGGUCCCAGGCACACACCUGCGUCCUUCCUCUGCUCCUCUGCGUGUCCCGUUGCCGUCUCAUCCAGAGUCCUCUCUUCAUGUCCUUCCUGGCCCGGAGUCUGACUCUCUUCGUGCUGCCAGUCCUACUGUCACGCGUCUCCUGGCUACUGUUGUCAGUGACCCUUCCUUUGAGUCCACUGCUGCGUCUGCCUUGGUUGCUGAGCUCGUCGACUUUGCUGAUCGCUGUCGUCUAGACUCCGCCGCUAGCCUUGUUGCUGAGUCUAAGUCUGUCUGUCCUCCGUCCGUCGGGGGUGAGUGUGCUCUUAGCAUGGACGUCCUUGAGGACAGGCAGGAGGAGUUCCAGUAUUUUGCUGUUGCUUUGACUCAUCUGGUGUCCACGCUGAUUGCCCCUGAGGGAGACCCGGAUGCACCAGACAUCCCGACUUCUCGAUCGUACGCUGAGGCGAUCGAGGGUCCCUACUCCUCACAGUGGCAGUCAGCCAUGGACGUAGAGAUGGCUUCCUCGAAGUCCACAGGCACCUACGUCGACGAGGUUCCCCCAUCUGGGGCGAACAUUGUCAGUGGCAUGUGGAUUUUCAGGGUGAAGCGGCCGCCGGGUUCUCCGCCUGUCUUCAAGGCGCGUUACGUGGCUCGAGGCUUCAGUCAGCGGCAGGGAGUUAACUACUUUCAGACCUUCUCUCCCACCCAGAAGGUGACCACUCUUCGGGUGCUGCUGCACAUAGCCGCUCAGCGUGACUAG